AUGUGGGAAAACGGCAAGGAUGUCAGUAAACCGGAGAUACUUGCGGAAGUUCUAAAGCAGCGUCUAAAGGAAGACGAAGCCCGGGAAGUCAUGGCGAAAGCAAACAGCCCACCAUAUAAGCAGCAGCUGAACGAUAAUACCAAGGACGCCCUCGAUCGGGGUGCCUUUGGCUGCCCAUGGUUCCUUGUGCGUAACUCGAAAGGGGAAGAAGAACCAUUCUUUGGCAGUGAUAGGUUCCAUUACAUGUGGGAGUACUUGGGAUUGCCGUGGAAGGAUGUUCAGCUGUUGCCGCCGGCUGAUGCAAAGGCGAAGAUCUGA